AUGAAUCGAAACAACCACGCUACAUUUAGACAAUCCACUUCCAAAAUUCUCCUUCCAUCACCUUUUAAUCGUGUCCAAACAUCCGCUAACUUUACGAGCGCCCCAUCUCGAAAUAAUUCCAGAGCUGAAGAGCGCAACAGAAAAGAGACAUUCGAGAAAGAAGAAGGCCUAGAUGACUGGGUUCAUAUUAUGCCAGAGUUUAUCAAAGAUCACGAUACUGAAUUCAAAUGCCAUACAUCCAAGCUAGGAUCUCCAUUUCAAUUUGUUGAGAAAACCUCUGUUAGAUUGAAGCGUAACAGAAGACAGCGUAGAGGCACGAAGUUUGUUCAGAAUACUCGACCUGGUCGGCGUUUAAAGUAG